AUGACGGGACAGGUGGAGGGGCGUCAGAGGCGCACUGCGUCGGCGGUGGAGCCCGAGGGGGAGUGCCCGGCGCUCCCGCAGGGCUGGGAGAGGGAAGAAGUGCCCAGAAGGUCGGGGCUGUCGGCCGGCCACAGGGAUGUCUUUUACUAUAGCCCCAGUGGAAAGAAGUUCCGCAGCAAGCCCCAGCUGGCGCGCUACCUGGGGGGCUCCAUGGACCUGAGCACCUUUGACUUCCGCACUGGCAAGAUGCUGAUGAGCAAGAUGAACAAGAGCCGCCAACGCGUGCGCUACGACUCCUCCAACCAGGUCAAGGGCAAGCCCGACCUGAACACAGCGCUGCCUGUGCGGCAGACAGCGUCCAUCUUUAAGCAGCCUGUGACCAAGAUCACCAACCACCCCAGCAACAAGGUGAAGAGCGACCCACAGAAGGCUGUGGACCAGCCCCGGCAGCUGUUCUGGGAGAAGAAGCUGAGCGGCCUGAGUGCCUUUGACAUCGCGGAGGAGCUGGUCAGGACCAUGGACCUGCCCAAAGGCCUGCAGGGGGUGGGCCCAGGCUGUACGGAUGAGACCCUGCUGUCGGCCAUCGCCAGCGCCCUGCACACCAGCACCAUGCCCAUCACAGGGCAGCUCUCAGCCGCCGUGGAGAAGAACCCUGGUGUGUGGCUGAACACCACGCAACCCCUGUGCAAAGCAUUCAUGGUGACUGACGAGGACAUCAGGAAGCAGGAGGAGCUGGUGCAGCAGGUGCGGAAGCGGCUGGAGGAGGCACUGAUGGCCGACAUGCUGGCCCACGUGGAGGAGCUGGCCCGUGAUGGUGAGGCGCCACUGGACAAGGCCUGUGUGGAUGACGAAGACGACGACGAGGAGGACGAGGAGGAGGAGCCGGAGCCAGACCCGGAGCUGGAGCGUGUCUAGAGCAGGUGCUCGGCUGAUGCCCUCCCCACCAGGAGGCCAGGCUCUGGGACCUGAGGCCAAGGCUGGCUGCCAAGUGGGGUCAGUGGAAGAGCACCCCAGCCUGGUGUGCAGGUGGCGGCUGGGAGCACGCCUCGCCAGGCCUGCAAGUCACCUUGCUGACGCGUCCCCUCCCCAUCCUUUGCAGACGCCCUGCCUGAGAGCCCUGUGCUGCAGGGCCACCAGCUCGCCUCUACACGGCCACCUACAGACUUGGCCCUGGGCCACACUGGGGACCAGGCUCAGCAAUCAGGCACAGUCUGGGAGGAGGGCAGCCCCUCCUCCCCUGGGCCUCAACACGGGGCGCCUGAGGGCAGCCCUGCCUGGUGGACCCUCCACCAUGGCUCUUCUCUGGGGGCCUGGGGGCCCCCGCGUGUGGACUCGGGCCUGUGGUGCCCCAGCCUGAUCCCCGUGGUCUCUGCCCCGAGCUCCUCCACAUGGGAGAGGUGCCAGCAGAUGCGCCCGUCCCUCGGUGCCCUGGAGCUGGUCACACAGAGGUCCUUCGGUCGCCAUGUCCAGGAGCCAGGGAAAUAUUCCAGAAAAACAGCUUCCCCUCCUUUCAGUGCAGUGUGAGCAGCACUGCUCUGGGCCAGCAUCGUGACAUGGUCCUGCACUGCCACCCAGCUGGGUAGGGCUGGUGACCCCAGUGAGGGCAUCCGAGAGCCAGCAGCCACCUAAGGAGGUCACUUCCCUCAAUAAAUCGAUGAUACAAAUGGGGCUGGAACUCGGCUGUUUGACCCUUUGUUUGGCCACCAGCAGAGGUGAUGGGGACAGCUUUCUGAAACCCGCUGCCCUGCCUCGGUGCAGGUGCUUGGCAGCACCCAGGCUACACCCAGGUUCCCCUGCGGUGCCAGGGAGAGCCCUAGUCCAGCUGCAGAGAAAUGAGCUGGCCCUUUGGGCGUGGCCCCCACAAUAGCCACCUCUGAGAGUAAUGUGGUGGCACAGUGGCAAAGGGAAUGGCCACUGCUUGGACACCCCUGCCGCCCCUGCUGUGACUUGGAGGUGCCCGGGGCCCAGUUAGGCCCUGCUUCUUCCUCCAUCGCCCUGAUGCUCACAGCACCUUCUUGGCUCCCCCUGGGGCUCAGCCAGCACUACCCCUGGCAGUUGGGGGCUGAGCCUGGCAUGAUGGCUGAAGAAGGGACCCCUUCAUUUGUGGGAUCCCCUACUAAGGUCACUGUUAGACCCGCAUUGUCCCCCUUGCCCUCAGGGCCGUGGCCUGGGGUGCCAGGUUGAUGCUGUCACCUUUCAAAGCACAAACCCUUGGCACAGGAAGACUGCUCACUCCCUGGGCUGCCAGACGGGGCCAGUCUCCCACGAGGCUGCCAGGGGAGCUCCUGUGGGGCCAGCUCCUCUUCCUGGUACUGGGUUCUUGUGAGGAUGAUGGCUUCAGUGCUUGCUGUGACCCUGAGACCAGGGGUCCUGCCUGGUAGGAGACACAGCUGCAGUGGGCACUGUACCUGAAUAAAGACACUUCCAAGAA